UCAGAGCUGGGUGCAUGCCACCAACUGGUCUGAAACUGAGAAAAAAAAAACUGCUUUAAAUCAAUUAGACGACGCUUAAAACCCCUCCAGCAGCUCACUCGAGUUCACAAAUCAGAGCUGCAAGAAGCCGAUUUGACUCUCAGAGAGGUACUGAAGACAGAUUAGAGAGACAGGAGGGCGUGACAGGGAGCCAGCCGAGCAGGCAAGCUGCUGCUACAAGGGGAGGAAGAGCAGGCUAUGCAUCAGCCAAAGCCAGAGGUCAAGAAAAAAAGCGAAAGAAUAGUGAAAAGGUAGACUCUGACAGAGGAGGGUCAUUUGUGAUCUGAGCCAGAAAAACUGACACCAGCCUCUCUUUGUUGUUGUUGUGUGGGCCACCGAGCAGGGAUGUGAAGGAGGGCAGCAGGGAGGAAGGGAGGCGACUGCAAGAAAGACAAGAAAAUGCUCUCAGAGAUGAUGUGCAGGAGGAGCUGCCAGCAGCAGCAGCAGCAGCAGGAUGGGAAAGGGGCUCCGCAGAGGGACCCUUCCAGCCGCAGGAAGCACGGCUGGUCCAAGAGCUGCAGGGGGCGCCUGCAGGGGCGGAGGACAGGAGGGGGAGGGUGGCCGAGAGGGCGCAAUCACCACCACCAGCACCCUCAGCGUCAUCACCAUCAUCCCCGACAUUUCCAGAGGCCGGUGAUGUCUCUUCGGCCCGUUAACGUCAAAGGAAACAGAGCGAGGGGGAUGCGGGCCCCCAAAAACACUAACCAGUUUCUGAUGCACGAGAAGUACCAGAUGCUGCAUAUGCGCUCCGACUCAGUGGGGAGCGACAGCGGCAGCAGCUCCGACAGUGACGUGGAGCUCACGGACAUGGACUCGUACCUGGGCGUCCUGGAGAACGCAAGAGGAGCCCUUUUGGACAGUCCCAACCCACACGGCUCAACAACGCCACCAGCGCAGAUCGUGGUACUGCACGACGACAGUCUGCGCCUGCACGAGGACAGUCUGCGCCUGCACCCGGACAAUCUGCGUCUGCAGGAGGACAGCAUGCAGUAUUUCCCCUCUGAAGACGACCUGAUUCAGAGCCAGAAUUUCAUGCAGAGGGACUUUGUUGAGUUCUGUGACAUCCUGACACCCUGAGGGGAAACUUUCAGGGAGCCAUUUUGUCCUCAGCAGUGUGAGACUCAAACCUCAGACUGAACGAGGUCAGGUUUGUUCUGCUUCAUGACAUCCUACAGUUUUUCUGUUUGUUUGUUUUAAAUCUCCAUCUUAUCAAGUCAUUUAGCCUUAAAAUGUUAAGAAUUUACUCUCAGGGUGAGAUGAUUUCACCAGUUUCCUGCAGAAAACAACUUUUUAAAAACAUUUUUUAAAUCAAGCGUAAUUGUCAUAAUCCUAAUGCAGUUAUCUGCCUUAGUUAAUCUUUUUUUUAAGAUGCUGAAAGAAGUGAAAUGAUCCCACCCUGUUGAUAUUUCUUUUGGUUUAAGAAAACAACUUGAACUGAAUGCAAGAUUAAAUGACAUUAUUAAGAUGGAUGUUUUUUUACCCUUCAUGUUUGAAUCAUAUUUGGUUCAUGUACAAAGCUGUGUCCAGGUGCUGUAAAGUGUUGCCUUUCUGUUGUUGUUGUUGCACACAAAGGGAGAAGGGCUGAGUGGUGGGAGUGAGCCCAAACAGCCAAUCAGCAUCGAGCUGGCUGGAUUAGGCUGCAGAUGAUUGGCUGGUGGAGCCUGUCAUUAACAAAAAAAGCCCUUUACUGUAAAGAAUAAAAAGACAAAAGAAACAAACAAUAAAUAAAUAACUGAUGUAAUAUGGGGUGGUUGAUUGUCUUUGUGGAUACAAAUGAGGUAAAAUGAAUUUUAUGUUUUAGAAAUAUUUAGUAAAAGUUACCAGGGUCAGUGUGUCAUCAGGGUAGCUCAGAGUGAGUAAUGCAUAGUUGAGAAAUGACAAAAAAAACCAACCUCAGUGUUGCUCAUAUUGAUUGAAACAGCAGAUGAUAUGACAAUAUGUGUGAGGAGCAGCAGGAACAGAGAUGAGCAGUAAAAAAAAAAAACAUUUAAGAAAGCUAACAUUAAUUAUACACAUGCAGACUUAAGCAAUUAAACACUUUUUUGGUUACAUAAUGGGUAAAUUAUUAGAUAAUGUUGAAACAAUGCACACAUAAAACAAAUAAAGUAGACAAAGACACAAAUGAAACUGAAGCAUAUCACAAGAUAAAAAAAAAAAAAUUAAAAAGUUAAUGAAACUUAUUUCCACUGUGGUCCUGGCCACCCAAAAUUAUCAUUUUCGUAAAUACUGCUGACAGUUACAUUUAAGUUUAAUGAUUUUACCCAUCAAACAAAUAACACAUGACAUUCAUUCAUUCACAAAUUUCUACUCCCUCCAUAUCCUUUAAUAAAAAGUUUUACUGUCUUACAUUAAAAGCCUCAUACAGCA